AUGGCGGCCAACAAACAGGGCAAGAUGCAAAACCUUAUCAACUAUCGGAUGAGAGUGACCCUGAACGAUGGCCGACAGAUGACGGGACAGAUGCUCGCAUUCGACAAGCAUAUGAACCUUGUCCUCGCCGAUACAGAAGAGUUCCGUCGCGUUAAGCGGAAAUCCAAGCCUGCCGCUGGGCUCUCGAAUGCUCCCUUAGUGGAAUCGGAAGAAAAGAGAACCCUUGGCCUUACGAUUGUGCGUGGGACUCAUGUCGUCUCUUGUUCGGUUGAUGGACCACCCCCCGCCGAUCCUUCCGCACGACUUGGAGCGAGCGCCCCUGGCGCCGCUGCCACUCUCUCUGCUGGCCCUGGAAUUAGCAAACCCGCUGGACGUGGUCUUCCAGUUGGCCUUGGUGGCCCGGCUGCCGGUGUUGGAGGACCUCCUCCUCCACCAGGUGGUUUCCCCGGUUUCCCUCCAGGUGGUUUCCCAGGCGCUCCGCCUCCAGGAUUUGCUGGCCGUGGAGGACCCCCAGGAGGACCUCCGGGCUUUGCUCCGCCUCCAGGAUUUGCACCCCAGGGUGGUCCACCGGGCUCAUUCCAACCUCCACCAGGAUUCCAGCCCCCCGGUCAGGGUCGGGGAUUCCCUCCGCCGGGAUUUGGAGGAAGGUGA